GCGGAAUCCCGAUCCAAGACCAGCAUCAUGCGACCCGUUCUAAACCGGGUGAUGGGGCAGAUUCCUGCACCCCGAUGUAUUACAGCCUCCACUUCAGGAAUCGUCCCCCUUUUUCGCACUUUUGCUGCCGCCAACCCCCCACCACCAGCGCGCCCGACUUCAGGUACUGAGCAGCGCCCUAAGCCAUUCCCAAAGCCAAAGCCUCAGCAACAACCAAAAAACGCAACCCAGCCCAGCUCAUCAAAUCGCUUAAUGAAGCGAGUGCUACAUAUCCGCCGUGUGGCACGAGUAAAUUCGGGUGGGAAAGUCCGCUCCGUAUCCGCGCUCGUGGUUGUUGGAAAUGGAAACGGGGCAGCUGGUUAUGGGGAGGGACGUGCGACCGACGCUGCCGCAGCCGUGCAAAAAGCGACGAAGAAUGCUGAGAAGAAUAUGACAUAUUUCCAUCGGUUUAACAAUCGUACAAUUUUUUCGAAUAUUGACUACAACUGGCAUAAGGUGCAAUUGCAGCUUAGAAGUGCCCCGCCAGGUUACGGUGUAGUUGCCAGCAACCAUAUUCACGAAAUUUGUCGCUGCAUUGGUAUAUCCGAUCUAGGUGCAAAGAUUUGGGGUUCGCGGAAUCCUAUGAACGUUAUCAAGGCUACAUUUGCAGCUUUGAAACAGCAACAAAGGCCCGAAGAUAUUGCCCGGGCGAGGGGAAAACGUAUUGUGGACGUGGAGAUGGCGUACUAUGGUUACACUGACAAGAAGAAGCCAUGAGAAGUGCUGCCGUCCGUCUUUUUAGACCAGACCACACCGAAUGUAUUUAUAGUCUGUUGCCGAGCCGCCGAUGGAAACGUUGAGCAAAAUCACACAUGUAUUACCACAUAUUAAACAUAUGCCACUGCACCCG